AUGGACCCGUGCCCGUUCGUGCGGGUGCUGGUCGGCAACCUCGCGCUCAGAAUGCCGGUGGCGCCGCCGGCCGCCGGCGCCGGGGCCGGCGUCCACCCGUCCACGUCGCCGUGCUACUGCAAGAUCCGGCUCGGGAAGAUGCCGGUGCAGAGCGUCCCGGCGCCGCUCGUGGUCUCCGACGGCGGCGAGCAGACGCCGGCGUCCGGGGCACUCGCCGCCGCGUUCCACCUGUCCAAGGCUGACCUGGCGUGGUUCAACGGGAAGCCGUCGCUCUUCUCGUCGCGCGGGGAGGCCAGCCUCAAGGUGUCGGUCUACGCCGGCCGGAAGGGGAGUACCUGCGGCGUCAGCUCCGGGCGGCUGCUUGGGAAGGCUACGAUCCCGCUCGACCUCAAGGGCGCCGAGGCCAAGCCCGCCGUGCUGCACAGCGGCUGGAUCUCCAUCGGGAAGCGAGCCGGGAAGGUCUGUCCCGCUGCGGCGACGGAGCUCAGCCUCACCAUCCGCGCGGAGCCGGACCCGAGAUUUGUCUUCGAGUUCGACGGCGAGCCGGAGUGCAGCCCACAGGUGCUGCAGGUGGGCAGCAGCAUGAAGCAGCCCAUGUUCACCUGCAAGUUCGGAUGCCGCAGCAACAGCGACCUGCGCAGGCCCGGAUGCAGCCGGAGCGCGACGCCGCGUCGUCGGCCAAGGAGCGCAAGGGGUGGUCGGUGA